GCUUAAAGCCUUUGAAUAGCUCGCUCUUUAUAUUCGCUAGAUCUCGAUUGGUUUCUUUCAGAGAGACACAGUUGCCAAAACGUUUUCUCUCUAUUUAUCUGGUAAAAGUGUGCAAAGUGUUUGGUUUUGGUUAAAUUUAUUACAGAGCUGGAUUUCUAGCGCUGAUAUUGGUAGUCAAUGGGAAAAGGGAGCCAAGAUUAUGGUAAAAGGGAAAAUACUGAUAGAAAAUCGCCAAUUCAAGACGAUUUUCCAGCUUGGGCUAGGGAUGUUAAAGAAUGUGAAGAGUAUUAUGGAGUAACUCGCGAAUAUGGGCUGUCAAUUGCACAAGUUGAGAAGCAGCGAGAGAAAUUUGGGUAUAAUGAAUUAGAGAAACACGAGGGUACAUCAACCUUUCAGUUGAUUUUAGAACAAUUUAAUGAUACUUUAGUUAGGAUUUUGUUAGUUGCCGCUAUUGUAUCAUUUGUGUUAGCUUGGGUCGAUGGAGAUGAAGGAGGUGAGAUGGGUAUUACAGCAUUUGUGGAGCCUUUGGUAAUUUUCUUGAUAUUGAUUGUGAAUGCAAUUGUGGGUGUUUGGCAAGAGAGUAAUGCUGAGAAAGCAUUAGAGGCUUUGAAAGAAAUUCAAUCAGAGCACGCAACUGUGAUUCGUGAAGGGAAGCGAAUUUCAAAUUUGCCUGCUAAAGAACUUGUUCCUGGUGAUAUUGUGGAGUUGAGGGUUGGAGAUAAGGUCCCAGCAGAUAUGCGGGUUUUGAGUUUGGUAAGCUCUACUUUCAGGGUUGAGCAGGGGUCAUUGACUGGAGAGAGUGAAGCUGUGAGCAAGACUGUUAAGGUUGUGCCGGAGAAUUCUGAUAUUCAAGGGAAGAAGUGUAUGGUUUUUGCCGGAACAACUGUGGUGAAUGGGAAUUGUAUUUGCUUGGUUACACAGACGGGUAUGGGCACGGAGAUAGGUCAGGUGCAUUUGCAAAUCCAUGAAGCCUCACAGAGUGAGGAAGAUACCCCAUUGAAGAAAAAGUUGAAUGAGUUUGGAGAGGUUCUGACAAUGAUAAUUGGACUGAUCUGUGCCUUGGUUUGGCUUAUGAAUUUGAACUAUUUUCUUAGUUGGGAGUAUGUUGAUGGUUGGCCUAGAAAUUUUAAGUUCUCAUUUGAGAAGUGCACGUAUUAUUUUGAGAUUGCUGUGGCACUGGCAGUAGCUGCCAUUCCAGAAGGUCUCCCAGCAGUUAUCACAACAUGUUUGGCACUGGGCACUCGAAAGAUGGCCCAAAAGAAUGCCCUUGUCAGGAAGUUGCCUAGUGUUGAGACUCUUGGUUGUACUACUGUGAUCUGUUCUGAUAAAACAGGCACCUUGACUACCAAUCAGAUGUCUGUGACAGAGCUUGUUGCUAUGGGUUCUAAGGCUGGCACUCUCCGAUCUUUUGAGGUGGAAGGUACUACCUUCAAUCCUUUUAAUGGAAAAAUAAACAACUGGCCUGUAGGACGAAUGGAUGCUAAUCUUCAAAUGAUAGCGAAGAUUGCUGCUGUUUGCAAUGAUGCUGGUGUUGAGCAAUCUGGCAGUCAUUAUGUCGCUAGUGGAAUGCCCACUGAGGCAGCAUUAAAGGUACUGGUUGAGAAAAUGGGAUUCCCUGAGGGAUUAAAUGAUGGUUCAUCUUCAAGUCUGAAGGAUGUUCUACGUUGUUGUCAACUGUGGAAUAAACUAGAGCAGCGGAUUGCAACUCUUGAGUUUGACCGUGAUCGGAAAUCCAUGGGGGUAAUUGUGAAUUCCAGCUCGGGGAAAAAGUCAUUGCUAGUGAAGGGUGCUGUUGAAAAUUUAUUGGAGAGGAGCUCAUUCAUUCAAUUACUUGAUGGUUCUGUUGUUGAAUUGGAUGAAUAUUCAAAGGAUCAAAUUUUACGCAGUCUUCGUGAAAUGUCAACUAGUGCAUUACGCUGUCUGGGUUUUGCAUAUAAGGAUGACCUCUCAGAGUUUGCAACAUAUAAUGGUGAUGAAGAUCAUCCAGCACAUCAGAUUUUGCUUAAUCCUGCCCGUUAUUCUUCAGUUGAAAGUAGACUCAUUUUUGUUGGCUUGGUUGGGCUAAAGGAUCCCCCUCGGCCAGAGGUUCGUCAAGCAAUUGAGGACUGCAGAACUGCUGGAAUUCGUGUCAUGGUCAUUACAGGGGAUAACAAGAACACGGCUGAAGCUAUUUGUCAUGACAUCGGUGUAUUUGGACCUCACGAAGAUAUCAGUUCAAGAAGUCUAACUGGAAAAGAUUUUAUGAUUCAUCCCGAUCAGAAAAAUCAUCUACGGCAAAGUGGAGGGCUUUUGUUCUCCAGGGCGGAACCAAGGCAUAAACAAGAAAUAGUAAGAUUACUUAAAGAGGAUGGUGAAGUUGUUGCAAUGACGGGAGAUGGAGUGAAUGAUGCACCUGCGUUGAAGUUGGCUGAUAUAGGUAUAGCAAUGGGCAUUACCGGGACAGAGGUUGCCAAGGAAGCCUCUGAUAUGGUGUUAGCAGAUGAUAAUUUUAGCACUAUAGUUGCUGCUGUUGGUGAAGGCAGAUCUAUCUACGACAAUAUGAAGGCCUUUAUCAGGUACAUGAUAUCAUCAAAUAUUGGUGAGGUUGCCUCUAUAUUUUUGACAGCUGCUUUGGGCAUUCCAGAAGGCAUGAUCCCGGUCCAGCUUCUUUGGGUAAAUCUUGUUACUGAUGGUCCCCCUGCAACAGCCUUAGGAUUUAACCCUCCAGAUAAGGAUAUUAUGAAGAAGCCCCCCAGAAGAAGUGAUGACUCAUUGAUCACUCCUUGGAUUUUAUUCCGAUAUCUGGUGAUUGGAUUCUAUGUUGGGUUAGCAACUGUUGGGGUAUUCAUUAUAUGGUAUACACACGACACGUUCUUGGGCAUUGACCUGAGUGGAGAUGGCCAUAGUCUUGUGCCCUACUCUCAGCUUGCUAAUUGGGGUCAGUGCCAUUCUUGGCAGAAUUUUUCAGUGUCACCCUUUACAGCUGGCAGUCAAGAGUUCACAUUUGAUGUGAAUCCGUGUGAGUAUUUCCACUCUGGGAAAAUCAAAGCCUCCACUCUCUCCCUCUCUGUAUUGGUCACAAUUGAGAUGUUCAAUUCCCUUAAUGCUCUGUCUGAGGACUCAAGCCUGUUGACAAUGCCCCCAUGGGUCAACCCGUGGCUCCUUUUGGCUAUGUCUAUUUCAUUUGGCCUACACUUUUUGAUCCUUUAUGUGCCAUUCCUUGCUCAAGUAUUUGGUAUUGUUCCUCUCAGUCUGAAUGAAUGGCUCUUGGUCUUGACUGUUUCUUUACCAGUGAUUCUAAUUGAUGAAGUUCUCAAGUUCAUUGGGAGGUGUACAAGCGGGUUAAGAUAUUCUAAUGCUCGCAACUUUUCAAAACGCAAGGAGGAGUGAGUACCCAAUAAAGGAUCCUAGUCUGAGACGUUGAAAAUGCCACGAACUUGGACUGAGAUCGACUUUUUUAACUUUUGGGCAUCAUAUUUAACCCUCAUCCUGUUUAUUUGGAAAGGGUAAUGUUGGACCCAGAAAAUUUGAUUAGAUUGAUUAAAUAGAAUUUGUAAUAGUACAAUUUACAUUAUAAUUUUCCUCGAUUAAAAGUUUCCAAAUCUUUCAAGUC